AUGUCUAGAACUAUGAAUUCAACUUGUGGGACAAGUGACAAUGUUCUGUGCUAUAUCACGAUAAGGAUCCCAAAUUCUUGUUGUGCCAUCCAAGGCCUUCACCUAUCAGAUGGCACCUUAGUUAAAGAAUCCACAAAAGAUCAAUUACUUUGGCUUCUUUGGAAAAUGCAACUUGACCAACGAGGGAAGUUCAGUGAGGUCGACCUUAGACUUGCCCAAAAGAAUACUUUUCAGCUUUUGAUCACAAUUCACAACAUUCUUAUUCUUAGAAGACCUAAAUCCCACAAUAUUGGCAUGUCUUGUCGACAAAGUGAAAACAAGUGGACAUUUUACAUGCAUUCAGGAACAAAUUCUAAUUCAGUCUCUCAUGUUGGUGCUAACCUGGAGAUUGUUGUCCUUUAUGUAAGACCAAACUCGCCUAAAGCAAUUGAGAUGAGAACUCUGAGACUGACCCAUAAAAUCUCUGAGUAUGGUGGGCAGAUUCACAAGGUCAAUCAAAUCUGCUACUUUCUUAGGGUUGUCCGUCACGGUCUUCUUCAAUCUUUGUGGCAGCAUUUUCACUAUAUCCACCACAGACCAUUGUGUUCUAAGAGUGAAAAUCACUCAAAACAGACAAGCACUGCUGCUGCAAAAACUGGACACAUAACUCAUGCGCAGUCACCGCCUUUCGAUCUCAUUAACUUGACGAGCCCACAAGUGGUUUUACUUACAGUUCAAGGAUUGCAGCAUUGUUUUUCCCAAGACUAA